AGUGGUGACUAUGCUUUCCUUAUCUAACAGGCACACACGGAAAACAACGUAUCCGCUAGGACCAGCCAGACACCAACAGCUUGUAGUGGAGAACAUCUGACUAGCUGAAUCAAUCUGGAUAUUCAGGCCCCAAGAGAGGACCUUCCCUGUGUGUGAAUCAGCCUCACAAUGUCACCGACCGUCACUUUGUUCUGUUUCCUGGUUUCACUACACAACGUCGCUUCACAGGGAAAACCGCCAGACAUAACAGAUCCUCCAGUGCAACAAAUCAAAUACAUCGUUGAACAUGGGAACUUCACCUUCACAUGCAAAGCGGAUGGCAACCCUGCUCCUAAAUACAAAUGGUACGUGGACGGGAAGGAGAUUGAGUCAGGCAAGUAUCAGAAAGUAAAUGCUGACAGUGGCGUCCUGGAAAUACCCGACUUUUCCCGAAGGGAAGCCGGAGACUACCGAUGUGGGGCGACAAACAACAUCAGCCAAGGAGUAUCCCCGUUAGCCAUUUCACCUGCUAUCAGCUUGAAGGAAAUCCAACAAGCCACCGGUUGGUCCGAAAGCGACGACAUUAAAGAUGUUCGGGCGACAGAGGGGGAUUAUGCCAAACUGGAAUGUAACAAUGUUACACAGGGGGACCCCAAACAUCCAUUCAGCUGGUUUCUGAAAUCUUCAAGCGCUGAUCAGUUGCAAGCAAGUGACAGAACCUACAUUGACGAGAGGGGUACACUACAUUUCAUCUACGUGGAAGUAAGUGACAAGACGAGUGAUGAUGAUGUCUAUAACUGUGCCAUCUAUAACAAAGUUCGGGAAUACAUCAAACUUGGAAAUCCUAAGAGACUGACAGUUACAAAACACACUGGUUCACGUGAAAGGAAGCCAAAGAAACAGUUCCAAACCAACCCUGCAGAAUUCCCAAUUGGUCAAACCGCAGAUCUGGAGUGUGUUUUCAGCGGAUACCCCCGACCAUCAAUCUACUGGUUUGACACGAAGAAUGAACCCAUCAGUCCCGGAACGAAAUACCAAAUGGAUGGCCACAACAUGAAACUGAAGAUCACGAAAAUAACAGAGAAGGACGAAGGCAACUACAGAUGCAAAGGGGAGAAUGCUCAGGGUGAAGCUGAGGCGACCAUCUUCCUGGACGUAAAAUCUGCUCCUAUAUGGGAAAAGGCCAUCACUAACCUGACCGUGCAGGAGGGUAAAGACGCUUCCUUCACCUGCAAGGCCCGCCCAUCUAUCGGCGAGACAGCUUUGAAACCUCCAGUAUGGUACAAGAAUUGGGAGAAAAUAGAAGGAAACACAGGUAACUUCCUCUUCAGUGAGAAGGGUCGAGUCCUGACUGUGACUCAGCUGACCAAGCCUGAUGACAUCAUGUGUUUCCAGUGUCAGAUCACAAACGACGUGGGUUCCGUGUUUUCCAAUGGUUGUCUCAACGUCAUCAAACCCAUCAUAGUGACUACCCAGCCUCUACUUAGGCAGGCCAUCAUGAAAGGUGAUCUGGUGAACCUGACUGUGAGGGGAACCACAGACCCGGGCAUGACCCUCAGGUACAGAUGGGAAUUCAAGACUCAAACCUAUUACACAGAGCUACCUCCAUAUGUGACCUACGACGACGCCACAAACCAAACCUACAUCAACACCACAAGUCUGAGCGAUGAGGAGUACGAACAGAUUCAUGGAAACUACACCAGUCUGCUGUACCACGACUUUGCAAAUCGCUCUGUAGUCAUUACGGUUGUUCCUCGGCGCGAUCCAGCACCGGCUGUGUUACAAGCAGCAGGCUUCCCGUGGUGGGUGAUAGUCAUGGUGGCCAUGUUCGUCGUGAUACUGGUCAUCGUUGUUGUCUCCGUCAUCAUGUCCAGAAGGCAGGAUGAGGGAGCCUACAAAAUUUAUAAGACUGAACUCGAUGCGACAUAUCUUCAACCGGACAAAGAUAUUCAGGAGGGGAAGUUCCAGGAAGUGACGAAAAUAGAGUACACUGACCCUUUUGAUGGAAAGAUCAAUGAGAAUAUGUAGUUUUGUGUCCAAUUUACACCACAAGUUUGGUCAAGGGGAGUUGUUGUAUUAUCCCUCGACAUUACUUUGCGAUAUUGCAGUUCAACACCCCAAUAUGAGCAGGGGGUGUUCUGGAUGCUGUGAAAUGAAUGAGCCUGUAAUUACAAAGCAAGAGCUUAGGAGAUGUGCACAAACUUUCAACUCGUACAUCUCGGAGACAUAUUGUGAGACAUUCAUAUGUAUGAUGUGAAGAGUUCAAAGUGCCAACAUGGCCAUUUGUGAUGUCACAUGAUGUGAGCAUCAUUAUCAUGACAUUCUCCACUAUGAACUCAUUUGUUUAACCCAGUAAUGAUCCACAGUGCAAGAGGAUGCAAGUUGAUGUCGUCUUGAGGGAUUUUAGAAGUUAGAAAGUACAAUUUCGACAACCUUUGUGGAUAACACCGUGUACCGUUGUCAAACAAAAUCUGUACAGAGACGUCGGACGCAAGAAAUAAAGGAAGGCGUUAUCCAUAAAGGUUGUCUAUAUUGAUGCAAGUUGAUUGGGAUUGUAAGGUUUUUUAAUUCAUCAUUUGUUGCUGUUCUCAAUAUAUUCUGAAUGUUUAUUCCUAUUUUUAGAUAUUGAUUUACAAUUCAGCCUGUUAUGUGCGACUAUUGAAGUCGAUAUAUGUACCAUAUUUGCUGUAUAUAGGUCCAUUUUAUGUUAUGGUGCUUAACUAUAACCAGAGGAUUAUGUUAUGACUGUCACAGUAAACGUGUGUACUGAAGUGUUAACCUGCGGAAAGGAACUGCGUUCCUAUGUUGAGCUCCCUCAUGGGAGCCACAGUUCCCAGUUGCUUGUGUAUUGAAGAGCAUGCAGGAAGUAUUCAUACUUCAUAGAGAGACAUGUUUUACUUACAGAUACUAUUUCCGCAUUUAUCGUGGACAUUGAGAGAAAUUUGCUUUAUGUAACAUGUUGCUUUUUAACAGUAUUAGCGAUGCUACGCAAUAGCAUGAUGUUUUUUUCCUCCUAUCGUGUACAUUUAAACAGUUGGGUGGUUAUGCUUGUUGGCGUGGUUGACCGGUGAAGAUCCAGGUGGGACCCGACCCUCGGUAACCCAUGCUUGUCAUAAGAGGCGACAAACGGAGUUGUAAAUUGAUGCUCAUGAUGUCAGUCACAGGAUUGUCUGGUCUAGAGUGGACUAUUAAAGACCGCCGCUAUAUGACUGGAACAUUCUUUAGUGGCUGGAUAAAGAACAGACAAGCGAAGGUGGCUUGUCUGACCCUGUACUAUAGAGACGUGAAUAAUUGUUUACCACACCAAUCAUUGGUUUGUUCAACAUCCAUCGUUAUUAUUGUGUCAGAAGUGUUUAGUAGGGCAGGAUCUGUUUCGGACGAAAAGCGAGACUGAUUACGCUCUCGAGUUUUUCAGUUAGGAUGAACGUUAUAUGAUGUUAUUUCCUCAUUUCAAAUGUAUAUUGUUAAUUUCUUUGAUUUAAUUCCUUUUUCAUAAAGCUUAAUGACAGUUUUAAUUGCAUUGCCACAGUGAUUGUACAGUAUUCUCAGUUAGAACUUGUGUUUCAGAGACUUUCUUCAAUAAAAUUUGUUGUUCAAAA